AUGAAUAAACUCCCCAUUAAGAAAAAUACAAAACCUUUUUGGGUGGUAUGUAAACCUUAUUUUUCAAAUAAGCAUGCAGCUGGAAACAGCAGCAAUAUUAUUUUAAUUGAACAAGGAAACAUAAUGACUAAAUCAAAUGAUAUUGCAAAAACAUUUAAUUGUUACUUUGGAAAUAUUGUAAGUUCUUUAAAUUUAUACAACUGGCCGGGUGAAAACUUUGAGGAUGACCUUGACAUAAUAGAUAACAUAAUUAACAAAUUUAAAUUCCAUCCAAGCGUCCUGGCCAUUAAACAAAAUACAAUAAUUAAUGGAAUCUUUACUUUUAAAAAAGUAUCAUUAGAUGACAUUAAAAGGACUAUUAAAAACUUACCUACAAACAAAGCUUCUAGUGGGGAAAUUCCCGUUAAAAUUCUUAAACAAAGUGAGGGUGCUUUUAAACAACUACUCAAUUGCAUCAACAAAUCGUUUGAUAAUAAUGAAUUCCCAGACAUAUUGAAAGAGGCUGAUGUAUCACCUGUAUUCGAAAAAUUAAUCUAUGAACAACUUAAUACGUACAUACAACAGUAUCUACACAAAUUACUAUGCGGAUUCAGGAAAUCACAUUCAACUCAACACGCUUUAUAUAGAUUAAUUCAAGCAUGGCAAAAAGAACUUGACAAUGGUGGUUUUGUAGGGUCAGUACUAAUGGACCUUUCUAAAGCUUAUGACUGCCUAUCACACGAUCUCCUGAUUGCAAAGCUUGCUGCUUACGAAUCAGAGGUAUGUAAUUUUGCCGACGACAAUAAAUUGUAUGCAUGUGGUUUGAAGUUGGCUACUCUACUAAAUUCAUUAACUGUUGAUACACAAAAUAUGCUACAUUGGUUUAAAAUCAACUCACUAAAAGCCAACCCAACCAAAUUUCAAUUUAUAAUACUAGGUAAAAAAACAAGAGAUAAAAUCACUCUACCACUUGAAUCAGUUACUUUAAAUGAGUCUGACCACGUUACACUCCUAGGUAUUCAAAUUGACAAUAAAUUAAACUUCAAUCAACAUAUAAACAACUUGUACUCGAAGGCAAAUUUUAAACUUCAUGCAUUACGAAGACUACGACCUUAUUUAUCGCAACCCAAAGCAAAAAUACUCAGCUCAAGCUUUAUACAGAGUCAAUUUAACUAUGCACCCCUUAUUUGGAUGUUCUGCAGUAAAACUGCAUAUAGUAAAAUAGAGCGAGUACAUUAUAAAACAUUGAAGGUUGUAUACGAUAUAGUGAAAGCUGACUAUAUUGACAUUUUAGAAAAAUACAAGGACAAAUCCAUCCACCAACGCCACUUAAAAACUUUAGCAAUAGAGGUGUUUAAAAGCAUUAAGAAUCUGAACCCUGAAUUCAUGUGGUGCUUAUUUAGUUUUAACACAUAUCAAUGUGAGCAUAACCUCCGGAGAGGCCCUUCUUUGACUUUACCUAAAGCUAAAACCACUACCUAUGGUACAAAUUCCAUCUUGUAUCAAAGUUGUUGGAUAUGGAAUAAUCUUCCCCGUGAAAUUAAAAAUAGUUCAACCAUUGAAAAGUUCACGGUUAAAUUAGCUUGCCAGGAUUCUAUUUUAUGUAAUUGUAAAAUAUGUAAAAAAAAAUAA